AUGUCCCUCCUGCGCUCCCGCACCCGCUGGGUGAGCGACUUCUUCUCCUACGAGACCACCAAGUCGGUGGUGGUGAAGAGCUGGGUGGUGGGAGUCGUCAACCGCGGCGUCCAGCUCCUCAUCCUCGCCUAUUUCGUCGGCUGGGUGUUCCUCCAUGAGAAAGCGUACCAGGUGCGGGACACCGCCAUCGAGUCCUCCGUGGUCACCAAGGUGAAGGGCGUGGGGCGCUACGCGGGGCAGGUGAUGGAUACGGCCGACUACAUCACGCCCCCCCAGGGCACCUCGGUGUUCGUGGUGGUCACCAAGCAGAUCCGGACCGAGGACCAGGCGCAGGGCGUGUGCCCGGAGGGGUUAGGGGUCCCAGGGAUGCUGACAGGGCGCUGCGUCCCCUACAACGCGACCCUGCACACCUGUGAGAUCCAGGGCUGGUGCCCGUCCGAGGUGGACACCGUUGACGUCCCCGUCAUGCUGGAAGCUGAGAACUUCACCCUCCUCAUCAAGAACAGCAUCCGCUUCCCACUCUUUGGCUUUGAGAAGACCAACCUGCCACCCCCUGGCAGUGGGGUGGAGCUGGGCCGGUGUCGCUUCCACCCACAGCUGCAGCCCCUGUGCCCCAUCCUGCGCCUGGGGGAUGUGGCACGUCUGGCUGGGCAGGACUUCCCUGUGCUGGCUGCCACCGGGGGGGUGCUGGGGAUCAAGAUCGGGUGGGUGUGUGACCUGGACCAGGCCUGGGAGCACUGCCUGCCCCGCUACUCCUUCACCCGCCUGGACAGCCUGGCCCGGACCCCUGCCCCUGGAUACAACUUCAGGCACGCCAGAUAUUACCGCUGGCCCGACGGCUCCGAGCGCCGCACCCUCAUCAAGGCCUUUGGGAUCCGCUUUGAUGUCCUGGUGUACGGCAGCGCUGGGAAGUUUGGCAUCGUCCCCACCCUCAUCAACACGGUGGCUGCUUUCACCUCCAUUGGUGUGGGCACGGUGCUGUGCGACAUCAUCCUGCUCAACUUCCUCAAGGGCGCUGAGCACUACAAGGCCCGCAAGUUCGAGGAGGUGUCAGAGGCUGGCGUGCCCGCCACCCCUGCCAGCCCCACGGCAUGUCCCCCCGGAGCACUGGGGGCCUGCUCCCGGGACAAGCAAUCCACCGACUCGGGCACCUUCUCCCUCAGCCUCUAG